GUUUGUUUGACGAUCUCUGCCUAGGAAUUGCGACAAUCCAGACUGUGACACCAUGAGACCAUGAAGACGGAAUUCAAGUUUUCAAACCUCCUGGGCACCGUCUACGGCAGGGGCAACCUUGUCUUCACACCCGAUGGCAACUCUCUACUGUCGCCCGUGGGCAACAGAGUGACUGUGUUCAACUUGACGAAAAACACGAGUUAUACGCUUCCCUUCUCACAUCGAAAGAACAUCACACAUCUUGACCUGACGCCCGAUGGAAAUCUGCUACUGACGAUUGACGAAGACGGCCGGGCCAUUCUGUCAAUAUUUCCACGGAGACUCGCCAUCUAUCAUUUCACCUUCAAAACGCCCAUCAGUGCCCUUGCUUUCUCUCCCGACGGACACUAUUUUGUUGUUGGACUUGGGCGGAAAAUACAAGCAUGGAGAACUCCUUCAACACCUACUGGAGGUGCAAACGGAGACCUUGAAUUUGCACCUUUCAUCCUACAUAGGGAAUACGGUGGUCAUUUUGACGAGGUUAGGCAUAUGAGCUGGUCCGGCGACUCAAGAUUCUUCUUGAGUGCUUCCAAGGAUCUGACUGCCCGAAUAUGGAGUCUCGAUCCAGAAGAAGGCUUCGAGCCCACAGUCUUGUCCGGUCACAGGCAACAAGUCAGGAAUGCUUGGUUUUCAGCUAGUCAGGAAUCGAUCUUCACUGUCAGCGAGGACGGAGCUCUCUUUCGGUGGGAGUUCGUGGCCAGCCAGCAAGAUGAGGAAGAGACAGCAGAUCCUGGCGACGAGAGGUGGAGGAUUGUGCAGAGAGAGUACUUCAUGCAAACGGCUAAGCUGAAAUGCGCUGCCUUCCAUCCCACAACAAACCUUCUGACCGUCUGCUUCGCCAAUGGUCUCUUUUCUCUCUACGACAUCCCCUCGUUCUCGAACAUACACAGCCUUUCCAUGGCAUCAUCACCAAUAUCUACCGUGGCGAUCAACAAGACAGGAGAGUGGCUGGCUUUGGGCUCUUCGAAGACUGGACAAUUACUUGUAUGGGAGCACGCAUCCGAAUCGAAUAUCCUAAAGCAAUCUUCCCAUCUCGACUCUCUUACCACAAUCUCAUACUCUCCAGACUCCACACGUAUCAUCACAGGAGCCGAUGAUGGCCUGAUCAAAAUCUGGGACAUAUCCUCAGGCUUCCACAUUGCAACGUUCACAGAACACAGCUCCGCAGUCACUGCUUCGGCAUACUCGAGAAGAGGCAACAUACUCUUUACCUCUUCUCUUGAUGGGUCGGUACGUGCCUGGGACAUGCUCAGAUAUCGCAAUUUCAGGACCUUCACUGCUCCGACGCGGCUUUCUUUCUCCUGUGUCGCAAUCGACCCUGCUGCCGAGGUAGUAUGUGCAGGGUCUCACGACUCUUUCGACAUUCAUCUCUGGUCCGUGCAGACAGGUGCCCUUCUCGAUCAACUUUCAGGCCACGAAGGUCCAAUAUCCACUCUUGCAUUCACCCCUGAUGGUCGAUAUCUGGUUUCCGGAUCUUGGGAUCAUACCAUCCGUGUCUGGUCUGUGUUCAACAGGACACAGAGCUCUGAAGUAAUGCAACUCAUGUCGGAUCUGCUAUGUGUGGCAAUACGCCCUGAUUCGGCGCAGAUCGCUGCUUCAACUUUGGAUGGGCAACUCACCUUCUGGAAUCUAAAUACAUCAGUUCAAGAGUCUGGCGUUGAUGGUCGGCGAGACGUUAGUGGAGGCCGCACACUUACAUCACGGCGCACAGCAGCUUCGACACCGGGAACGAAAGCCUUCAACUCAGUAACAUAUUCUGCCGAUGGCACAUGCCUUCUAGCAGCCGGUAGCAGCAAAUACAUUUGCCUGUAUUCUGUUACGACACUGACCCUGAUCAAGAAAUUCACCGUGUCUGUCAAUCUGAGUCUGGAUGGCACGCAGGAGUUUCUUAACUCUGCUGCUAUCAUGUCUAACGGCCUUCCGAGUGCAAUGAUCGACACCGAAGGAGAAGCGAGCGAUCUCGAAGACCGCCUCGACAGAAGUCUUCCAGGAGCGAAGCGAGGCCGGGACGCAACUGCUAGAACCCUCCGACCAGAAGUCCGCAUCACCAGCAUCGAGUUUGCGCCUACCGGCAGGAGCUUCUGCGCCUCCAGUACGGAAGGCCUGCUUAUUUACAGCCUAGACGAUACUGGUAUGGAAGACUUUGAUCCGUUCGACCUCGACAUUGACGUCACGCCUCAAAAUAUCCGGGCUAUUCUCAAGCAGUUUGAGCCAGAAUAUCUCAAGGCCUUGAUCAUGGCGUUCAGACUCAACGACAAGAGUCUUCUGCGAAAAGUCUAUCAAUCUGUACCUUAUGACACUAUACCACAUCUGGUCCGGGAGCUGCCAAAAGUCUACCUUAGCCGCCUCUUGCUGCUCCUUGGGCAACAAAUGGAGAACAGCCCUCAUCUUGAGUUUGCGCUACGCUGGGUAGGCGAGGUGCUUAGUGUACAUGGACGCUACGUCAAAGAAAGGCAGGGUGAAUUCGCCAGCGAACUUCGGGCGGUGUUGCGUGGAGUAGACGGUGUAGGCAGGACGGUGCGAAGUCUGAGCGAACGAAAUGCGUUUGAGAUUGAGUUUCUGUGUCAGCAAGCAUCGGUGAAAGACUCAUCUGCAUUGUCUCUGCUCGGAGGAGAGCAGAAAACGCUCACUAAUGGCGUCGAGGACGGUGAUGUCGCGGACGACCAGGGCGAAUGGAUGGGCCUUGACUGAGGCUGACGACAAUCUAUUUCCGGCCCUAGUUAGGAUCAACUUGGCAAUUGGGAAGGUUUCGACAGGAGUACAGCAUGCAGUGGCAUUGAAGCCUUGACGUAUGGCAUCAUCAACGGCGUGCUUGGGAGUGACGCGCAAGUAGCAGACUACAUCACUGUG